AUGCCUGAAGCGGCCAAGUCUGCGCCGGCGCCCAAGAAGGGCUCCAAGAAAGCCAUGACCAAGAUCCAGAAGAAGGACGGCAAGAAGCGGAGGAAGAGCAGGAAGGAAAGUCAUGCCAUCUACAUGUACAAGGUGCUCACGCAGGUCCACCUCAACACCGGCAUCUCGUCCAAGGCCAGGAGCAUCAUGAACUCCUUCAGCCAUGACACCUUCGAGCGCAUCGCCGGCGAAGCUUCCCGCCUGGCUCAUUACAACAAGAGCUCCACCAUCACCUCCCGGGAGAUCCAGACCGCCUGGAGAGCUGGCCAAGCACGCCGUCUCCGAGGGCACCAAGGCUGUCACCAAGUACACCAGCGCCAAGACUUAGACAGGACAAUUCGGAUGGUUGCAGGCUGGUCGGUAAGUUGCGCAGUGUGA